AUCAGAGGUCGCGUUGUUGAGCGGCCGUCCCACAGUAGAGAUGGUGGGCAUGAGUGUUCUCAGGUCUGCUGCUGCCUUUGCAGCCAGACUGAGUCCUCUGAAAUCUGGAAACAAUGCGGCAAAUUUACUCUCUCGAACAAUCCCACGGACAGAUAAAGUGGCUGUUCGUUGGGGCCAUGGGAAGAAAAUGUUUGUCAUCAAACCUACUGACUUCUAUGACAGGAGAUUUCUGCGCUUAUUGCAAUACUACAUCCUGCUGACUGGCAUUCCUGUGGUGGUCAUUGUCACAUGUGUGAAUGUCUUUGUCGGUAAGUUUUUAUUUGGAUCAUCUGAU